AUCAAAGAGAAGCUGCUGCAGCUGACGGACAAGAGGAAGGAGAUGAUUGACAAGUGGGAAGAUCGAUGGGAGUGGCUACGACUCAUCCUGGAGGUGCACCAGUUCUCCCGUGACGCUGGCGUCGCCGAGGCGUGGCUGCUGGGUCAGGAGCCGUACCUGUCCAGCAGGGAGAUGGGACAGAGCGUGGACGAGGUGGAGAAACUCAUCAAACGUCACGAAGCCUUCGAGAAGUCGGCCGCCACCUGGGAGGAACGUUUCUCGGCUCUUGAGCGACUGACGACGUUGGAGCUGUUGGAGGUGCGGCGGCAGCAGGAGGAGGAGGAGCAGAGGAGGAAGCCGCCGUCUCCAGAGCCGCCGCUGAUUCAACACGACGAGUCACAGCAGCAGAGCGGCGUCAUCGUUCAGAACGGGCUGACGUCCGACCACGACUCUCCUCGGGACGGCGUGGACGGUGCAGAUCUGGUGAACGGCGUGGCAGAGCGGAGCUCCAAGGAGCCGAGUCCGACCCCGUCCCCGACCUCCGGCAGGAAGAGUAAGACGAGCCUGUCGUCAACGCUGCCGUCCAAGAACCAGGAGACUCCGCCCUCACAGCUGGAGGGGCUCCUGCACCGCAAACACGAGUGGGAGGGCCACAACAAGAAGGCAUCCAACAGGUCGUGGCACAACGUCUACUGUGUCAUCAACAACCAGGACAUGGGCUUCUACAAGGACACCAAGGCGGUGGCUCAGGGCGUCCCGUAUCACAACGAGGUUCCCAUCAGCCUGAAGGAGGCGACGUGUGACGUGGCCUCAGACUACAAGAAGAAGAAACAUGUCUUCAAACUCAGAGUGAACGAUGGAAACGAGUUUCUGUUUCAAGCCAAAGAUGAAGAGGAGAUGAGCACCUGGAUCCAGGCCAUCCUGAACGCCAGCGCUGCCGACCGCACCAGCGUUCAAGGCAGCCACCCCGGGACGCCGGCGUCUGGGCGUGCUCAGACGCUGCCGGCCGCCGUCACACUCACCAACGAGUCGAGUCCCGGGAAGAGAGAGAAGGACAAAGAAAAGGAGAAAGAGAAACGUUUCAGUCUGUUUAGCAAGAAGAAGCAGUAGAAGAAGAAACGACAGCACUUUGGUGAAACUCCUUUGAUCUGAACUCGCGCUCUCACGCUUGUCGUUUUUCGCUUCUUUAAAAAUAAUUCUCAUCUGCAUCUGGAAACAUAAAGAACUGGAAUCUGCUUCAGAGCGCGUUUUCACGUCUUUCAGCUUCAGAGUUUGUUGGUUCAGAAAGUUCAAGCGAGGAUUUAAAGUUUCACCAAAGUGCAACUUUUUUUGUUUGUUUAUUUUCAGUUUAGUUUUUUUUUUUCAUGAUUUUAGGUAAAGAUUUCCGUUGUGAGGUCAUUUGUGAUGUCACUUAGGUCAGACCGAGAGCGAGUGAGUUCAACGCGUGAUGUGACGGCGGUUCAUCGUUACAGGUUUUCUAAACUGAAAGCUCUUUGUCGAUGACAAACUCUUGCUCUAUUUGUUUGUAUGGCGACGAUGAACUGCUGUGACAUCACAACAUCAAACAAGGGCGUUACCACGGCUACCACUCUCGCUCUGUCUCUGUGCCAUCAUCAGGGACCACGCCCAUAUUUCUGUGUUGUGGUUUUUUUUUUUUUUUUCAAAGUUUUCUUAUUUUUGUACUUUUGAAACAGGACUUCGUUAUUUCCUCAAUUUUGUGAGGUGUCGUAAAGACAACCUACAUUCUUCCUUUGCCAGUGAGAAAUUGGACCAAGAGUGCAUUUCAUUUUUAUUCUUUUUUGUUUUCCGUCACGCUGUCACCAUUUUCUGUUUGUCUUAAAAACAGCCAAUCGCCUUCGAGGAGGUGUGUGAUGUAGACACUUGCAUGCUUCGUCAUUCUCAGAGCGUCGCCUGAAAAACUCACUCCAAACUAAAAUAUGUUGUUUUUAGAAUCUUUUUCUUUGGUUUCGAUGUUUCUGAUAAUGAAGAUCAACAUGUAUAAUAAAAACUAACGCUUCGAUGUUUCAUGGUCAACGUACGUGUUGUACUGCGGACAGUAGGGGGCGGUACAGCGGUGGAGAAGUCGGUGGUUUGCUUGUAGCUGCGUUCAGAUUCUCUGCUCUUUGAUACUCAUGUUGCUCUGUCACUGUCUAUCGUAUCGAACAUGUAUGGAAGUUAGCGCCAUCUUACUGCACAAUCAGAAACUACAUGUAUAUGAAUGAAGAAGCUGUUUCGAUAUUUAAACAGACGUUAGAACAUUAAAGCUUUUCUCAUGUAUGAAACUGCACCUGUAACUUUAAAGCUCUCUCUCUCUCUUUCUCUCUCUCUCUCUGUGCGAUGUCAUUAAAGCCUUGAAACUUUACACACCA